AGAUAGCAUACUAUUCCAUGUCCGACUCCGUCUUAACUGACGUGUUCGCCGUCGUCCCGCCUAUACUGGGUAUGCUGUGGGCAGUCAAGGAGCUGAUGGUUCUCAAGAGGGUCCACCUCACCGGUCCUGCUCAAGGCUCUGACCUCAAGACUAGGCUCAUGGCUGACGGUUCCACUGACAUUCAGAAAACGUUAGACUUGAUGCAAGAGAUUUCGAGAAACAUCGCUGACGGCGCCACAGCCUUCCUCAUCCAAGAAUACAAGUAUAUGCUGGUCUACGUUGUCAUCUUCAGUGCCAUCAUUGGUCCUUGUGUGAAUGUUGGCACGAUGAUAUCCUUCAUCGUGGGUUCACUUACCUCCAUCGCAUGUGGCUACAUCGGUAUGAAGACAGCCGUAUUCAGCAACGUCCGUACAGCACACGAGGCUUGGAAGGAUCUUGCUUCCGGUUACGAUGUGGCUAUCAGAGGUGGCUCGGUCAUGGGAUUCAUGCUGGUCUCUCUUGGUGUACUAAACCUCUUCAUCCUGGUCUCUAUCUACAACCUCGACAUCUUCUAUGGUGCAGACCAUCCCACUCUGUACGAGGCCAUCGCCGGCUACGGCUUGGGUGGCUCUUCCAUCGCUUUGUUCGGUCGUGUUGGCGGUGGCAUAUACACUAAGGCUGCUGAUGUUGGUGCUGAUCUGUCGGGUAAGAAUGAGUACGGUAUGGAUGAGGACGAUCCGAGGAAUCCUGCCUGUAUCGCUGAUAAUGUCGGUGACAAUGUUGGUGAUGUCGCUGGUAUGGGUGCUGAUCUAUUCGGGUCAUUCGCGGAGUCGACCUGCGCUGCUAUGGUCAUAUCAGCCAGUGCCCCCCACUACAUGGAAUGGAAGAGUAUGAUGUUCCCUCUGUUACUCUCGUCUGGCGGUAUUGUUGUUGGACUCAUCACUAUGAUGGUUGUCAACAUUUUCUACAAGGUUAAGGAGCUGCCUGACAUCGAGAAGGCCCUCAAGGGAGUUUUGGUCAUAUCAACCAUCCUCGAGACCCCACUCGUCGCUGUACUUUGCUGGUGGGCUCUCCCUGCUGGCCAUUUCGCUAUUGAUACAGAACGUCUACACUGUACUUGGGGUAACUGUUGUGCAUCGGUACUUCUUGGUCUGUGGUCUGGCCUCAUCAUCGGGUAUAGUACAGAGUAUUAUACGUCCCAUUCUUACACUCCCGUUCGUGAAAUUUCUGACACUCAGAAAGUUUCAGCUGCGACUGGUAUCAUAUACGGUUUGGCUCUCGGUUACCUUUCCUGCAUCAUUCCAGUACUCUGUCUGGCUGUGACGGUUUGCAUUGCUCACACCAUAGCUGGUAUGUAUGGUGUUGCUCUCGGGGCAUUGGGAAUGCUCGGUACGUUGAGUAUGGGUCUCACUAUUGACGCUUACGGUCCUAUAUCCGACAACGCUGGUGGUAUUGCCGAGAUGUCGGAGCUCGGUCCAGAGGUUCGCGCCAGAACUGAUGCGUUGGAUGCCGCUGGGAACACUACCGCUGCUAUCGGUAAGGGAUUUGCUAUUGGCUCUGCCGCUUUAGUCUCCCUUGCCUUAUUUGGUGCUUACUGUGUCCGUGCUAGAGUCGAAACUGUAAACAUUCUCGAUCCUUGGACUUUCACUGGUCUUCUGUUUGGUGCUAUGAUGCCUUACGCCUUCUCUGCUAUGACCAUGAAGUCCGUCGGUAAGGCUGCAAAUGAUAUGGUCACCGAGUGCAUGAGGCAGUUCCCCAAGAUCAUCUCUGGAGAAAUGCGUCCCCAAUACACUAGGUGCAUCGCUAUAUCUACCGAAGCCUCGCUUCGUGAGAUGAUUGCACCUGGUUGUCUGGUCAUUCUCUCUCCCCUUAUCGCUGGGUUGAUAUUUGGCAAGAACUGUACUGCUGGUCUGUUGUCCGGUGCAUUGGUCUCGGGCGUACAGAUGGCUAUUUCGAUGUCCAAUACGGGAGGUGCUUGGGACAACGCGAAGAAGUAUAUUGAAGCGGGGGGACUUGGGCCCAACCAUCAGAAAGGAUCUGCUGCUCACAAGAAUGCUGUCACUGGUGACACUGUCGGUGAUCCCCUGAAAGAUACUUCUGGUCCAUCUAUCAAUAUUCUCAUGAAACUGUCGGCGAUCAUGUCUCUGGUCUUCGGUGGAGUCAUCAGAAACUUCUCGAACAAGGAGGGUGGACCGUUCUGGCUGUGAUUUGUGGUAUGUCAGCUGUGGAGGUGUUCUGAUAAAACUGGCGAGAUAAUUACGUCGUA